UUCUUCCAAGUUGCCCAAUCUUGAAAACAUGAGCAAUGGGGGAAUUGCAUCCUCUCAAUCUCUCAAGAAAAAAACUUCUCUUUUCAAAAUCCAAAUUUUGGUUGUGGAUGAUGACUCUACCUCUCUUGCUAUUGUCUCUUCAAUGCUUAAAAAAUGCAGUCUCCAAGAUUGCAUGAUAGAUCUUUCAGUUGUCACCGUUAAGAAUUCAUUGGACGCAUUAUCAAAUCUUCGAGUUCAAAAUGGAGCAUUUGACUUGGUUAUCACUGAUCUUCAUAUGCCUGUAAUGAAUGGAUUGGAACUACAGAAGCAAGUCAAGGAAGAAUUCAAGAUCCCUGUCAUUAUAAUGUCAGCAGAUGACAAAGAAAAAGAGAUUUUAAAGAGUUUAGAGAGUGAAGCUGCAUUCUAUAUGAAAAAACCAGUGAAUCCAGAAGAUCUGAAAAUAGUUUGGCAGUACGCAGUGGCUUCCAAGAAAGGUAAAAAGGUUGUUAUGGAGCAGGAAAUUGGAAGUGGCCAAGAGGAAACUUCAUCAAAUGACAAACUUCAUCAUAUCUCUUCUUCAUCAGAGAAUGAAGAGAGUGGCCCAAAAAAGAAAAAGGGGAGAAAAAGGGUAAGAGAUCAAGGCCAGGAGGAACGAGAUGCUGCUCCUGCUCAAGCUGCUGCUGCUCCUGCUCCUGCUCCACCCAAAAAGGCCAAAGUCAUUUGGACAAAUACACUGCAUGAUCUGUUUUUGCAGGCUGUAAGCCACAUUGGCCUGGAAAAGGCUGUUCCCAAGAAAAUUCUUGAAUUCAUGAACGUGCCAGGACUAACCAGAGAAAAUGUUGCAAGUCAUUUACAGAAAUAUCGGAUGUUCCUGAAGAAGGUUGCGGAGAAGGGUUUCUGGACAUCUCGCAGUCUGGCUGAAAGGGCGUUUAGGUCAUCCUUCGCCAAUGGAUAUACCUCCAUGUACCAAAAUCCCCACAAGCAAUUUUCACCUUUUCUUGGACAGCAGCCAUCUUUCCAACCAGGAUAUGGAGGCAAUCUCUCUGGUUUCAGAAGCUCCAGCUCCGGCCUCUCGCGCUUUCCUAGUCAGGAAGCUCCAACUAGCAACUCUGUGCCUCAGCUCCACUAUGGACAAUCUAGUUUAUUUGGCAAUCCUACUAGUUUCCAGCAGCGACCACUAGUGUUUGCCAACCCAUGUCUGGCAAAUCGCUCAACAUCCAACAAUACUGGAAUUAAUCUGUCCUCGGAUACAGCUACUCAACAUGGCCUCACCAUCGGUGCAACACCAAUGCAAAUGCAACAGCAACAAAAUCAAGCGAAUCCUCAGAGCAAUAUUAUUGACACUCCAUUCACAUUAUUAUCUACCGGAAUCGGCUGUUCCAGCAUGGCAACUAGUAACUAUGCUGGAAUCAUAUUGACUAGUGACGGCGAGCUCAUUGGAACAGGAAAAACGCGAUUCAACGGUAUUGAUUUAUCAAGUGGCUCUAAUAAUGGUGGUAAAGUUUUGAUGAAUAUGACUCAUGACAACAGUAUGAAUAAUCCACCAACAGGAAAUGGGAUCUUUGGGGGUUUGUGUGCUCAAGGUUCCUGUUCUUCUUCAACUGUGCUUGGGAGUACAAACCAAUAUUCACCAACUUUCAUUGCAACUAAUCAAGAAAAUACUUUAAUGCUUCCACCACAGUCUCAGCAACAUACCAGUACUGGUCUUAGGAAUGCUGGUGGAGAAAAUGACUUGAUGACUAAUGCUUCUACCUUGGGUACCAUUUCUGAUAAUCAUCAGCAAGAGCUUGGCGAAGUUGACCUUGAUGAGCUCCUUUUCGGGUCCCCCUAUACAACUCCUUACCAGGACCAAAAUUCGGAAGUGUCAAUGAACGUGAACUUACAUAGCAGCCCAUAUCAGGCUGAAGUUGGUGGUCCUGUCAAUGAAUUCCUAAAUUCGGAAUUUUCUACCUUGUGUACUAUUGCAGAUCAAACUCCUUGGAGUGAAAAAUCCUCUGCCCAGCUUCAAGGCAGGGAAGAAACGGUGAAUCCCGACUUUGGUGGCAAUGUUAAUCCAUUGGAGGACUAUUAUCCAAGCUUUGAGCAGCCACAAUGCAAUAAUUUGGAGCAUACGCUGAAUGGCAUGGAUCUUGAUGAAGCACCAAUAUCAGGAAAUGAGGUUUGGGGAGACGAUAUCUUGAACUUCCUGCUUGGAGAUGAGGUCUACUAAAUGGAUGACAAUCUGGCAAAAAUAAACCUAAUUCCAGUAUCGAAGGCUGGAUUAUAAGUCUAAACUACUAUGUUUAUAUAGUAGUCUGGGUUCAUGUUUUACAGUUUAGCUGACAAUAAUAAUCACCUGGCUGAUGGGACAGCUUUAGUUUGGUUUUACAGUAUUUGCUUCUAAAAGACUUAAUUCGUUUGCUGUUUGUGGUUUGUAGUUUGUAACUACAUACACACAGCACCUGUGUAAUGGAUGCAUCAGUAUGCAUGUUUUUAGCUAUGCUAAACUUAUCCAUUAAUUUAUAUGAAUGUAUGUAUA